AUAACUCUGUACUAUGAUGUAGUGUUCCGAUCUGACGCAAAAGAAACUCAUCUUGAUGCCAUAAACAAUUAUUUGGGCAAACCCACAGGACAUCCAAAUACUAAAAUGAUAUCGGAACCAAUUUGGACUACAUGGGCUAAAUAUAAAAGGGAUAUCAGCGAAUCUACUGUUCUUGAAUUCGCAAAAGAUAUCAGAAAUCAUGGUUAUGAAAAUGGACAAUUAGAAAUCGACGAUAACUGGGAAAAAUGUUAUGGAGCUCAGGAAUUUACGCCAGACAAAUUCUCGGAUAUAGCGAAAACCGUAGGCACACUGAAAGAUAUGAACUUCAGAGUCUCUCUUUGGAUACACCCUUUCGUUAACAGCGAUUGCCAAAAUAACUCCAACGAAGGAAUUGCUAAAGGUUAUUUCGUCGCAAAUACUGAGGGUAUGACAAAUGGUAGCUGGUGGAAUUCUGAAGAUGCGCAUCAAAUCGAUUUCACGAAUCCAGAAGCAGUUAAAUGGUGGACCAAUAGAGUACAAAAAUUAAAACAUAAUCCUAAAAUAGAAAGUUUCAAGUUUGACGCUGGUGAAACGGACUACUCUCCCCAACCCGCAGUUUACAAGAAUGUUGACGAAGAGUUCAUACCCAAUAUUUUCACUGAACUGUACGUGAGGACAUGUGCCAGAUUUGGAGAUCUUGUUGAAGUGAGAUCAGCUUGGAGAACACAAGAUUUGCCCAUAUUUGUCAGAAUGCUUGACAAGGAUACUUCUUGGACAAUGGACAAUGGAUUACCUACACUCAUUACCACUCUCCUACAAUUGAAUAUGAAUGGAUAUACGAUGGUUUUACCAGAUAUGAUAGGUGGAAAUGGGUAUAGCGGCCAAGUUCCCACAGCUGAAUUGAUUGUUCGUUGGACCCAAGCAAAUACGUUCAUGCCAGCUAUGCAGUUCAGUUAUUUACCUUGGGAUAUUACCAGCACUGAAUUUAAUGCACCGGCUUUAGUAAAGAAAUUCGUGAAUUUACAUAAGCACUAUUCCAGUGUUAUAAUAGACGCUAUGAAAGAAUGUAUUCGUAGUGGAGCACCGGUAAACCCGCCUAUAUGGUGGAUUGAUCCUACUGAUCCAGAAGCAUUAGCUUGUAACGAUG